UAUAACAAGAAAAUCAUUAUUUACAUCUCUUUUUUUAAAUAAGCAAUGAAAUUUGAAUUACCUUCUUUGGUCGUAUUGUUAUUGGCAUCCAGCGUUCAAGCAGAUUUAAGAUCUUGGGCUUUGGGACUCGGAAAAGGGUCCAGUGGUAUUGCCGUUCCACCCCCUGGUAGCGCAAAUAACUCUGGAAAACAGUACGAAACUUGCUAUGUUGCUGGAUUGAAUGAUCACAAGAAUGAACACUCUCGCGUUUGGUUCUCUCCUGAAUGUUCUGGUAGUGGAUAUUGGAAGAUGGCAUACAAUACUGAUUGGGGAGUAUGUACCAUGUUUGGUGAUACCGCUUUGACAGGUUGUCCCUUCACUUCAUUCUGGACGAGUAAGGCUCAAGUUAGAAUUAUCAACAAGGGUAGUCCUACUCAAGAAUACACGGAUCCCAAGGGUAUUACGUUCAUUGGCUGUGCUACUAAUGCUAGAGUUGAACUCUCCAGAGAUGAAAACAGAUAUUGUACUAAGGACGCACCUGCUGAAAACUGUAAAACAAUGACUAGUGGCUCUAUUCUUUCAUUCUUGUGCCCUUAAAAUCAUAUAUUGAUGAUAAUAAAGUCUUCCUUUUUUUUUCUCUUUCUGUUGAAAUAAAUAAAACCUGUCUUAUGAAUCGGUGAUUGUAUCAAUU